UUAUAGAAUGCUCUCGUGCGCUUCAAACACACAUACUGUAAGCUCCAUGCUUGCCGAAAGCCCGCUUUGUGGUUCGUUCUCGUUAAACGUACUGCCCACCAAACACAGUAAGCCGUCCAAGGACUCCAAAGUAGUUUAUCUCCUCGAGGAGCUCUUCGCUUUGCGAACUCCGCACGGCAUCGAAAUGCCCGUCGACCAGCUUUUUUGGCGUUUCACUCGCAAGUAUGCGAUACACAAGUUUCACCGCAAGAGUACAUACUGACAAGCAAGGACAUAUAGUGGACACCACUCCCGGUUCGACCCUGCAGAUAGAAGAGUCGCCAGCGUCCACUCAAUGAACCGAGUUGAUACUGGGUACUUGUGCCACAGAGAAUCAUCGGAGGGGGAUUUUUGUUCCAAAUGGAACCGGCAAGAAGACGGGGAAUCAUCUCCUUUUUUGGUAGCAAGACCGGGAAAGCCGUCAACCGUCAAACCUCCGUUUUCUGACUUGCCUUCUCUCCCUACACGCCCCGGAACACUCUCCCUUAUCCCUCCGCCCCCAGAAGGAUACAUCUUGGUGAGGAUUGAUCCGGGAGUGCCAAUUCCUUACGGUGCGAUUCCAGUUCCCCACCAAGCAAUAUUUGACCCACGCAACUUCCAUCCUUUACAGUCCAGGCCCUCAAAGCCCCAAGGACAAAGAGGCUCUCAAACCCCCGAAACAAAGAAUCGAUUCCAUGGAAUUUUGAGAUCGGGAAGUGUCAAAGCGUUUAUUCCCACACAAGAGCCACAAGUUACAAACAGAGAGGAGAAGGGCACUCAUCGGAAUAUUGGGGAAGAGGGGUUCUAUACAAGCGGCGCAGACGACGAGUACACCCCACCACAGUCCUCCCAGGAUAGCAGUGUUAUUAUCAACACCAUCGUGGGGAACUAGAAGGGUAUAAACAGCGAGUUGGAUAGCUACCAAUCGGCUAUGUGCAUAACCUUGAACUAUCUGAAUCUAGAUCUAUCUGCUUCAUCUUUUAGGCUUUCAGUCCUAAACUAAAACCUAACCCACCCAUAGUAUAACUAAUUUAUUCAAUAAACACGCUUCUUCUUUAAACUCUGGUAACAACUCCUAAAUGGCAGGAGCUUGUCUCUAUAACA